GAUAGUCCCAAGAAAAAAAUAAUCAUAGUGCCAUAACUCUUAAUCGCCAUGCCACGCAUUUACGACUUGUGUGCUAGAGUUCAGAACGGCUUUCGAGCUCGCCUUCAAUCUAUCGCUGUUCCUGACACAAAGAUGAACUUGGCCGUUUGUAAUAUCCUCUAUCGAGAGGGUUUCGUCUCGGCCGUCGCUCGCGGUAACCACAUGGCUCCUGAUGCUACCUACACUCCGACCACAACAGACAACAUUGCUACCCGAAGGCUCUGGCUUACCCUCAAAUACAAAGAUAACAGACCAGCACUCAACAGUCUUUCCGUUGUUAGCAAGCCAUCAAAGAAGGUUACAUUCACUGUCAAUCAGAUGAAGGAUCUCGCUGCAGGUCGACGAGCCAAAUUUAUCAAGCCUUUGGCACCAGGAGAAAUUGCCAUUCUGAAUACCAACCGAGGAGUUUUGGAGUUGGAGGAAGCAUUGAAGCAAAACGUUGGAGGCGAAAUUAUCGCCAGAGCUUCAUAAGCUAUGUAUAUUAAAAUGUCACAUCAUCACCACUGAUUAUCAAGCAUCUGCUUAAAAAUUAGAACAUUCACCAGAACAAUAGAAUCAGCUGUUAUAACAGUUUUGUUUGUACUAGCCUGUUUAAUAGUCAACAUAAAGAAAGUCGUAGCAGGAGUUACGGAAAUAGAAGCCUUCGGGCCUUCGGGCCACUAUCUAUUUGACAUGUUGGUAGAAAGGACUUUCAGCAUUUUCACGAGCAUGGUAUGACGUCACGGAGCUAGUAUUGUGACAAGGAAACACACUCAGAACAAACGCAUAUACGAAAAUCCACUGUAAUGAAGUAGAUAAAUUUUUUUUUCAAGAAACUCACAAGUAACAAUAAUCGAGUGACCAAAAUAACGAUAUAGAAUACGCGAUACAUGUGUAAGUUUUUUUUUUUUUACUUUUUUAUUUUUUUACUUUUCGAUCUUUUUCGUCUAUAUUUUGAUU